CACACUCAGCGACAGGUCAUUGCAGUGAAUUCUUAUCAACAUGGUACUUCUCUAGUACUGGACUCCGCUGCUGCCAUCAUGCCCUGUUUGGGCAGUCGACACUGUCACCACACUUGAUGCCGUCAAAGCAGGCCAGCUACAAGUCCCACAGACUGGAGUCUGGUCUAUCUGAAGGAUGGGGAAUGUGAUGCGAGGCGUGAGUGCCACACACAAGGUCAACAAAGACAACCAUGACAGCUCUUUAAAAGGUUCAGAGGACGACAUGGUGGUAGUGCUUCAGGACUACCCGUCGCCUGAAAUCAGUGAGCCCAUCUACAGGAUGGGGGAGAAGCUCAGACUCAUUGCUCAGGAGGCUUACUGGUGGAGAGUGCGCUCUGUUCAAACACAAAAGGAGAACUACAUACCCAGCAGCCAUGUGGCAAAAGUUUACCAUGGUUGGCUCUUUGAGGGGGUGGAGAGGCAGAAGGCCGAGGAGCUGCUCAGUCUACCUGUGAACAGAGUCGGCUCCUUCCUGGUACGGGAGAGCACCAGGGAGAGAGGUCUGUAUUCGCUCUCAGUGAAGCACCGGAUCAUAAAGCACUAUCGUAUCUUCAGACUGGACAACAGCUGGUACUACAUCUCCCCUCGCCUCACUUUCCAGUGCCUCGAAGAUAUGAUCAACCACUACUGUGACUUUGCAGAUGGCUUAUGUUGUACGUUAACCUCUCCCUGUCUGUCGGGCGUGACCCCACCAUCGGACGCAGCUCCUAUAGCUCCACCUGUCGUCAUGCGACGCAAUUUUGACUGGGGGAAAAUAGACAGAAACCAGCUGGUCAGCACAGACAGCUGCAAUGACAACAUGGUGAGCUACGGAGUCAGGAACAGCAUUGCUGCCUACCUGUCCUUUUCUGCGAGUAAAGACCCCGCGCAGACGAGAGCGGAGAGUAGGAAGAAAAAGAGCAGAUCUGUUUAUGCUGUCCCUGAAAACAGCCUUGGAACCAUUGACUAUGAGGAUGACUUCUAGAGACAUCAGCAGGGUUCAAAAAGACUGGAAUACCUUCAAGUGGAGGGCAGUAGAGGGCAUCCUUCUCUCGGAUCCACACCAUUUCUAAUGUCAGCAGUGAACCGACAUCCAUGCCAAGCAUCCCAAACAUCAAAGUGCUCUACACCUUCUAAUGUGAGCACUUUGGAGUUCUUGAACAAUAAUGCAAAUUGCGUGACCCCUCACACUUUGACUCAGCCGAUGAGACAGAACUUAAUGGAGUUGAACUGGACGAUAGUGCAAUUGAACUGUGAUGUGUAUUCUGCACAUGAGCCUACAAUACAAACAACCGGCAUUAUGAUAGCAUGAAAGAGGCUUGAACGCUACGGGUAUUGUUGGGUAAUAUUAAUAUGUAAUUGAUUAUUAUUAGUGGCUUUCAAACUAUCUUCCUGUGUUCUUCACAUAGAAAUAUGGUUCUUAAUAAAUAUUUUAUGGUAAAGUGGCUUAAACAUGCA